AUGUCCGACGAAGAUCACAAAUCUGAAGUAUAUGAGACACUUACUAAUAUCCUGAAUGAAAUUGAUGAUCUACCAUUACAUCCGAAAAACAAAAUUCUCUUAUACAGUCGUUAUGUGCUUUCCAAAAUCUCUUGGCACUUCACUGUUUCUGACAUAGGCAAAACCUGGGUUAACGAUAAACUACUAGAUAGUAUCGUGUCCACGUAUAUCCGAAAAUGGCUUGAACUUCCUAUUUCUGCAACCCUUAGUAACGUCCUACUUCCCCACAAUAAAUUUGGAUUAAAUAUCAUUCUACCUUAA